AUGCCUUACUUUGCUCAGAGGCUUUACAACACUUGCAAGGCGUCGUUGGCUACAGACGACGGGCCAAUAUCAGAGGAGGCUCUUGAGAAAGUUCGCAAUGUGUUGGAGAAAAUAAAGCCAUCUGAUGUUGGAAUAGAGCAGGAAGCUCAGCUGGCACGGAGCAGGUCUGGUCCUAUCAAUGAACGCAAUGGAAGUCAGUCACCUCCAGCGAUAAAGUAUCUUCAUUUGCAUGAGUGCGACAGUUUUUCUAUUGGAAUUUUCUGUAUGCCACCUGCCUCUAUGAUACCUCUUCAUAACCAUCCGGGCAUGACCGUGCUAAGCAAGCUCAUCUAUGGUUCAAUGCAUGUCAAGUCGUAUGAUUGGGUAGAGCCUGACCUGACCGAACCAGAAGAUCCAUCACAAGCAAGACCAGCAAAACUGGUGAAGGAUAAGGAGAUGACAGCUCCAACACCAGCAACCACGUUAUAUCCGAGAAGCGGUGGAAACAUUCAUUGCUUUAGAGCCAUCACACAUUGUGCUAUUAUUGAUAUUUUAGCUCCACCUUACUCCUCAGAUCAGGGUCGGGAUUGCACUUACUUCCGGAAAUCCAGAAGAGAAGACUUACCUGGUGAAAUAGAAGUGGAUGGGGAAGUGGUCUCAGAGGUGACAUGGCUUGAGGAGUUUCAACCGCCUGAUGACUUUGUGAUUCGACGAGUUCCCUACAGGGGUCCUGUUAUUAGAACUUGA